AUGGUAAAUAUUAAUCCAACUUACUGGCCUUUAGUAUUGGUUCCCUUAGGAUUUGUGAUGGGAUAUUACCUUGGCAGGAAGAAUGAUGAGAAACUGGCAUUCUUCAGAAACAAGAGCAGGUUAUUUCAAAGGGAAUUGAAACCUGGUGAAGUCAUGACAUGGAAAUAAUGUGUCAAAUGAGAAAUGUUUCCUUACAAUUCAACUUGCUUAUAUAAG